GAAAAACAGUCAUCCACCGGGCUGCAGUCAGACUAGAGAGGAGGAGAGGAGCAGAGAAAUCCAGUCAUCCGACGGGCUGCAGUCAGACCACCACAGGGAGAGGAGCAGAGAAACAACUUGUUUACCAGCGUGCGUCUCCCGUGAUGCCGAGAGCAGACGCAAAGUGUAUUAUUAAGAUCGAUCCGUCACUUUAUGGGCUGGAUCUGGCUGCUCGAUAGUCCAAGUGCAGAAAUAACGCACGUUCUCUCCGAUUAAAUAUUGAUAUAGUGUGUAUCAGCGAUCCGGAGCGGGAAUGCGAAGGAGGAGACGCACCACCACCACCACCACCAGAUGAUCACCCUUCUCCCCGGCAGCAGCAGCCCACCACUUCGGGUCCCCGGCACAUGAUGUCCCGCCGGUCUGAGGGGGCUUCCAGGGGCUACGAGGAGGACGAGGGAGGAUGAGGGAGUGUGGAGCAGGAUCGAGUGUGGCAGCAGAGGUGGAAUAUAAUGAAGUGGAGUGGGAAAGGUCUGUGCACCAUCUUCUCCAGCACCCUCCUCUUCGUGUGUGCCGUGAGCGAAGUGGUGGUCGGAUUACGAUGCAUCUCCCUGGGCACGGGCGUGCGAGCGCACUUUCACCUGGGCGCCGCGGCCGGGGCGUUUUACUCCGGGGUGCUGGUGGGCUUCGGCCAGGCGCUGCUGGGCGCCGCGCUGCUCUGUUGCACGGAGAAACCCGGCUGCAGGAACUUCUUCCUGCUCGGGGUGGUGGUGUUCCUGCUGGGGGUGCUGACCGCCUUCAGCGGCGCGGUGGUGGACGGGGACACCGUGUCUCUGGUGGAGAGGAAACACUCCCACUACUGCCUGCACGCCGCGGUGGUGAACCCGGCGUGCGAGCUGCUCAAGGAUUACCAACGGUGUCUGGUGGUCUCCACGGUUCUUAGCACCCUGGAGUGCCUGCUGGGGCUCAUCCACCUGCUGCUGAUCAAGAGCUACAAGACAGCGCAGUUCUACCGGAACAGGCAGGCUCAGCGGCGGGGCACCGGGGCGAUCCUGUACCGCGAGGAGCGGGACUUUUCCUCGGCGGACUUCCAGCCGGUGUCUUACAUCAACUUGGGGGUUUUCAACGUGCUGGACGAGACAGGGGCCGAGGUGCAGUGCCGGGGCCACCCGUCCCUGGAGCUACCGGGCUACUCGUGUACGGACCCGGACCUCAACCUCUCGUACCCCUUCUCGGUUCCGCUGCCCUGCGAGCAGCCGCCCGCGUACGAGGACAUAUUCCCGGUGGAGGCAUGCAUCAUAUAGGGGGGCUGUGUGGACCCCCGGACCCCCAGCAGCUUUAUUAUUCAGCUGUGUGACAAUCACUGACUGUGCUUGGAGAGAAUACAGAGAAAUGUCAUAAAACCGACCAGUUGUUCAUCAACCGCAU